UCGUCCCCGGCAUCUCCCCGGCUCCCGCGGCCCACCCGGGGUCCCGCUCCCGCCGCGCACCGCCAGGGCCGCCUGGCCGCCAUGGCGCGGCUGGAGGUGGACCGGGCCUUCCUCCGCUCGCCGCGGGGCUCGCUGAAGAUCUCCCGCACGCUGGUGGCGCUGGCCGCCCUCAUCUGCUUCGUGGCCUCGGGGUCGCACGAGGCCUACGGGGCGCUGGCCGGCAUGGAGACGGGGAUCAACGUCCUGUUCCUGCUGCUCUACCUGCUGAAGCUCGACGCGCGGAUGUGGUUCCUUUUCUGGCCGCUGGCUGAUAUUCUCAACUCGGUGAUUGCAGCGUUGUUCCUCCUCGUUGUGUCCUUGUUUGCAAUAAUAAUCAAGACCAACAAAGGGACAUUGGCUGGAGGAGUGUUGGGUCUUGUAUUGCUUGUUCUCUGCCUUGUCGACGUCAUUCUUCUUUGCAAGAAGAUUAGCCUUGAUAAACCAAGAGGAAGGAGUGCUCCUGCCAAAUAAGAUUGACAUGUUAGUGAAAGAAUGAGUUCUCCAUUGUUUCCCCACUCUUUUUUAAAGAAUUUCUAUUUUCAUGUGCUCACUUCUGAAUUUCCUGUUGCAUUGCACUGAAGCUUCUGCAAGUAUCAUUCAUAAGGUUUCGUACUGUUCCAAAAGCAGUUUCAGCGUUGCAAUUUGACCAGUUAAAGCUUCAGAGAAAAUGGUCAUGUUUUUCUAAAGUUAAUUACGUUUUUACUAUAUCAAAGUAAUUUUCAUGGUUGUCUUGUUUUUACUGUAUGAAAAUAACUUUCAUGGUUGUCUUCUUUCUCUAAUAAAAAGAAAAUACAAACGGGC